AUGCACAAGACAUCCGUGGCCUUGAGACGUGUGCUUGAGCUGUUGGCCGUUGUGGUACUGGCAGUCAUAGCUGCAGACUGCGUGGACCAUGAAGCUGAAAGUGUGGGGUGCUCGGAGGUCAAUUUCAUCCAGUCCGCGCGAGCUCUCUUCCGCAACCCCGAGCCGGCUGCAGAAGAGCAAAAAGCGCACUUCGAGAGCUUCAGGGAAGCGAUGAUGAGGGCAUCGCGAAACAGGAAGGAGCUCAAGGAGCUGAGGUGGCGUUUCCUUCGAACCUUUCCUGCGAUUCCGAUGGAGCGAGAGCAACAAGAGAAUCCAAACCCUGGCUGCAGCAACAUUGGAACGAGAUUUCCAACCUUGGUGUCUCGCAACCAGUCUUUGCUGGAUGCAUAUGCCAGAUAUGCCUGUGGAGAUGGCAGGGACUACUUCGUGACGGACCCAGCCAGAAGCCUGAGUGCAGAACUGGCACCUCUGGACAACGGAUGCAUUAACAUGCCACUCAGCAGCUUGCGCUUUGUUCGGGGCACAGCUUUGAAAGCUACAGAGAGCCCAGCUGAAUGGUCCGUUACCCUUGGCUGCUGCUUGUCGGGUGCAGCUGAGGCAAACGCGUUGGAAGACGAUCAGGUUGACGUUCGCCUCGAACGCCAGCUAUGGCCAGUUCCUGCACAGGCAGCAAUCAUGGCUGGGGACUGCCCGGAGAGCUGCCAGCAGGAGAAUUUCUGGCACCAGCUGCCCACGCAAGUCGUGGACCAGGACAUGCUGGUGCUCCCAACCAUCCGUGAGCCCCCCCAGAUGGGGUACCAGCACUCGCUCAUCGACUUCCUACCACAAGCUUGGACGGUGCUGGAGCUGUUGCGCAAUUCCUCCACGAAGCUGGUGGUCCACACUUCGCUUCAGAGCCAGCUGCUGGCCAGCCUGGGCUUUCCCCGAGAGCAGAUCCUGGAAGUUCCCCUCACGGAUGAGCGACCUGCGGUGCUGCUGUGCGCAAAAAGCGGCCGAACCCUGCAUCUGUGGCGCGUCGGCUCUGGCGACUCUGAACCACUGCCGAACCAUCCGUACCAGGACGGUCGGGCCGACGGUGACCUUUGGCACCGGCUCAUCGAUAUCCAGGUGGGCCCGGAAAUCUCAAACGCUGUCGCAGAGUACAACGGCUUCGUGGCAGAGCCCUUCGCGCCGCGCUUGGUGCUUUUCCUGCAGCGCUGCACUGACCACCGCACCCUCGAGAACGAGCAGGCGGCACUGGCUGCCAUCAGCAGCGCCCUGAUCAAGUCCAAUCGGACGGAGGAACUGGUGUCGAUGUGCGCAGGCCGUGAGGACUUCUUGGAGCAGGUCUGGAAGGUUCGACAGGCGCGGCUCAUCGUGGGGGCACAUGGAGGGGCCAUGGCCAACAUGGUCCUGGCACGGCCUGACGCAGGCAUCAUCGAGGUGGUUGGCGAUGCCGCAGCCGAGAAAGGCUUUGAAGGACUUUGGCCACCCUACAAGAGAUCCUUGACGGCGCACACUUUCAGAGAGGCAACUUCUACGGCGGACUUGGGGCCGCCUUCCCCUUCUACCGAGUGGUUCUCUACGAGGCCGACCAACACGGCAGGCUGUGGAUUCGCCUGGACGACUUGCAGACAGCUGUCGCCAACUUCCUGA